ACGCCUACACGGAGGUUAGUGCCGUUCAUUCACUACGUUUUUCCGCUUCCUGGCGAGCGAAACAUGGCGCUGCCGUGGAGGCAUUGCCGCAGGUGGACCGUGGGUAGAAAUGGGGCAUCUUCUCUAGUAAACGCGGUCUGUGGCGCUGUCACAGCAGCAGGGCGGAGAGAGGAGAGCAUAAUCUGUGUGGGAGUCCGCGGCAUUGCGGGAACCAAGGUAACCUCUACCAACAGACAUGUGAAUCUUCCCUCAGUCAGGAUAUGUAGCUCCCUACUAAGUUAUAAUUACAGGUCCCUGAACACUACAGAGAAUGCCAGCUGUUUUAAAAAGCUGCACAGUGAUGCCAAAGCAAAGGAUCCCUUCACAUUGGCUCAGAAAGACCUGUAUAACUUAUAUGAUGAUAUUAAAAAGGAGAUGUUUGUGUCUAAAGUAGAGCUGAAGUCUGUGUGUGAUUACUACUUCGACGGGAAGGGAAAAGCCUUGCGUCCCAUGAUAGUAGUGCUGAUGGCCAGGGCGUGUAACCUGCACUGCAACCGCGACGGAGAGCUUCUCCCAGGCCAGAGGUCCAUAGCUAUGAUCUCGGAGAUGAUCCACACGGCCAGCCUGGUGCACGACGACGUCAUUGACGGAUCUGACAAGCGAAGAGGGAAGAACACCAUUAAUGAAGUGUGGGGAGAGAAAAAGGCCAUCCUGGCCGGCGAUUUCAUCCUGUCCGUAGCGUCCAUGGCGAUGGCUCGUAUUGGCAACACCACUGUGGUGACAGUGCUGUCCCAAGUCAUCGAGGACCUGGUGCGAGGUGAAUUCAUGCAGCUUGGAUCUAAAGAAAACGAAAACGAGAGAUUCAAGCAUUACCUGGAGAAAACCUUCAAGAAGACUGCCAGUCUCAUCGCUAACAGUUGUAAAGCAGUAUCGAUUCUGGUGAACUCUGAUCCGGAGGUGCAUGAGAUUUGCUUCCAGUACGGGAGAAAUGUUGGAAUUGCGUUUCAGCUGGUGGAUGACAUUCUGGACUUCACGUCAUGUGCCAGUCAGCUGGGGAAGCCCUCUGCCGCAGACCUCCGGCUGGGAUUGGCCACCGGGCCUGUGCUGUUCGCCUGCCAGCAGUUUCCUGAGCUGCAUGCGAUGAUUAUGAGGAGAUUCAGUUCCAGUGGAGAUGUGGAGCGAGCCUGGCGGUAUGUCAUGGAGAGUGACGGCAUCCAGCAGACCAACUACCUCGCCCAGCGGUACUGCCAGGAGGCCGUGAGGCAGAUCAGCAAGCUCCGCCCCUCCGCCGAGCGGCAGGCGCUCAUCCGGCUGACCGAACUGGUCCUGUCCCGGGACAAGUGAACCCCCGCCCCCCCCCGUACACGACGUCACUCCAGGCAGCUAUUCCUCGGGAGUGGGUCCCACUAAAGGGGUCGUGGCGGUGGCCCGUUUAGCGACCAGCUGUGCUCAGCUAACAAAUACGCCAGGUUACCAAAUGUGCCUAUGCUCCUAGUUACUCACCUGCAUGUUCAAAUUGAUUACAUUUACGGUUGUGUGUACACAUCCACUUAUUACUCUAUUUCAGUUCUCUGAUGGAACGGAGAAAGAGUGCUUGUUCACUUUCCCUAUUUUCCGAGCACUUUUCCCCACAGCAAAUUUAAUGUCAAAGACGCUAGCAAGCUCGCUACCUGUUGCUAGCCUUUCUGUACUUCGCAUUGGCAGAAAUGAUAGCCGUUUCUAACGCAUCAGGUACAUUUAUUUCUAUUUCUCAGGUCUCCGCUCUCAGUAACCCUACAACUGGAAACGCAAUCUGUGUAGACACGUAGGCUGUGAGGAACCAGGAACUGGAUACAUUUGGUACCCUGGGCAUUUCUGCUCAUUUGACCAGUGAACUAUGAGGAGGGGGGUUUGGCUGAUUGACCUGCACUUAAACUCAAAAAUGGUCAAACCGGUUCUACUCGAUUAUCAAAUGCACAAAGGCAGUGACACAUCAAAAGCAAACCAGUUAGAAGAAUCUUGCUGAAAUCAUUUGUAAAUCUUGUCAAGUAUAACAAUCAAAACGGCUAUAGGAUAGCUGUCGAAUCUGAGAAGCGGGGAACUCCGGUCUUCCCGUCUCCCAAUUGGCAGAAUUUGAGAGAGAGCAUGGCUCCGCCCCCCUCCCACUUGUGUGUCAUAGAGGUGCACAGACAGGAAGAGGAAUCACUGCAUCGCUGUCAGACUUGGUUGUACACUGUACUGUAAAACACAGUUCUGCCUUCGCCCUUGUGCCAGUCCCAAAGGCAUCUGGGACAGGAACCCGGGGAGACGGAGGACUUCUGAAGUUCAAUGGGAUUCUGGAUGUUACUGUCAUGUGGACUUGUUUACAGUCCUUAAGGAUCCGUCCACACUGCAAGGCCAGUGUGUGUGCGCGUGUAUGCAUGCAUACACAGCCAGUUGUACCCAGUGUAUCGGUAUACAUUGUAUUAAUUCAAUGAACAAAGCCUUAUUCCAUGUGAACUGUGUAUUCAAUUAUUCAAAAUAAAAGCCAAUUUUUAAAAAAA